GCGGGUUGUGUUGAUAUUGGCCACAUUGGCGUAUUCUGUCUAUGUCACCGACGUACACGUAUGUACAGCCUACUAGACUGAUUCAGUGGCAGUCUCCGGAGAAGUGUUUUCGCGUUCGGUUGUGUUGUCUCGACUGCCAGACGCGGUGUGAGAGUUUCGCUAUUAGAGAAAGGGUCAGGGAGAAGAAGAAAAACUGCUGAAAUUGUGAAUUGAUGUGCUAAUGCUGUGAUAAGGGAGCGAAAAAAUUGCAUAGCAAAAUUGUUUCACUACAAGGUGCCGAAGUGAAGUGCUAUUAUCAAAGUGAAUAAUCAAAAACAGCUGCAGUUAAAUCCAUAUAUUUAUAGAUAUUAAACUGGUGCUUAGCAGAAUAUAGUAAUAAAGAAGAAUCUUUCCCUGUAGCUCAAAAAUGGAUGGAGAUAGUGCUCAAUCAUUCUGUGGAUUUAAACAACAAGUGUCAGCGGUACCUCAGUAUGGUUUGAAGCUUAAAUUCAAUCACGUUUAUCCGGAGACGAGGAAUCAGAACCUGAAACCCUCGUUCCGGCAAAUAUGGCCUAUUAUCCCAAUGGCUCUAAGGUACAUUCCAUACUACUGGAAGGUGUCACGCGAAAACCGCCAGGUCCUGAUGGACUACUGGUACACCGAGAAUGGGAAGCAGAUUUACGGUGCCCCGAUUGGAGGCAUUGGCGCCGGCACGAUUGGGCGUGGAUUCGCCGGCGAGUUCUGUCGGUUUCAGCUCAAGCCAGGCCUGUACGAGUACAACACGGUGCAUGCGAACCAGUUCAUCGUCACAAUUAAGGACGAAAACAAUGUGACCAUAUUCCAGAGUCUGCUUUCCUCAUACAGCCGGCCCAAGAACUCCCUGAGUAGCUGGGAAAGCAACAUAAACUCCUCAAAGUGCGACUAUACGGCCCUAUAUCCACGUGCCUGGUCCGAGUACGAUCUCAGCGAUUACGGCAUCAAGCUGAUACAGCGUCAGAUUUCGCCCAUCAUACCCCAUGACUACAAGGAAAGCUCUCUACCGGCAGCCGUCUUUGUGUGGACGGUGGAGAACGUCUGCGGCAAGGACCGCCAGGUAACAAUUACCUUCACAUUCAAGAACGGAACCGGCAACAAGAAGCAGGACGCCGACGGGAACAGUGAAACGACAGAGUUUGCCCACGGGACAGCCAAAGGCGUCAGUAUUAAGCAAACCAUAGCAGAUAUGCAGUGUACGUACUGUAUCAGCUGCAAGACUUCUUCGGAGAUCAACCUAACACGAUGCGAGAAGUUUGAUCCCACCGGAAAUGGGGAAAAGCUUUGGAACGACCUGAAGGAAAACGGACAGCUGUCAGAAAAGUCAGUCGAUGAAAAUUUGAAAACUAAGGACGUAGCAGUUGCAGUAAGUGCACAAAUUUUAGUGCAAUCGGAAAGUAGCUCCGACUUGGAGUUUUCUCUAGUCUGGGACAUGCCAAAGAUACGUUUCGGUAAGAAGAUAAAAGAAUACUAUAAAUAUUAUACCAAAUAUUUUGGAAAAUCGGGCGAUGCGGGUCCUUCCAUAUCGGAUUAUGCGCUACAAAACUUUGGCAAGUGGGAAACCCUGAUAAAUGAGUGGCAGCGGCCUAUUCUGGAUGAUAAUGACCUUCCAGAUUGGUACAAAAGUGCCAUAUUCAAUGAACUCUAUUUUAUCGCUGACGGAGGCAGCGUCUGGCUGACUACAGAUGAUGCUGAGCUUCCGUACGAUGACCCUAGAUUAGCCUACGGAAGAUUCGCCUAUCUGGAAGGUCACGAAUAUCGUAUGUACAACACGUACGAUGUUCAUUUCUAUGCUUCUCACGCACUAGCCAGCCUAUGGCCGAAUCUGCAAGUUAGUCUGCAGUACGAUUACAAAGACAGUAUAUACCGGGAAAUAACCGAAGGAAGGAAGCACCUUUAUGAUGGGAAAAUUAUACCUAGGAAGAUGAAGAACUCAGUACCGCACGAUUUAGGUGAUCCGGAUGAAGAACCUUUCGACCUGAUCAACGCCUACCCAGUGCAUGAUGUCUCCGAGUGGCGGGAUUUGAACACCAAAUUUGUCCUUCAGGUGUACCGCGACUACUACACGUUAAACCACUAUGCACAGCUGAACGCAGAAAAUGCUAGCAAGUUCAGUUCGAUUGAGUUUAUCGAUAAGGAAAGUAUGUACGAAAUGUAUGUGCAUGACAACCGUAAUAAGGUAUCGCCAGAGGAGAAGCAACAGAACCGAAAAUCCGCAUCAAUGUACAUUAAUGAAACCAACGGCAAGGUCUACCUCAUGGACGCCAUGACCUAUCUGAAGAGUAUGUAUCCAGCUUGCAAGUUAAUUCUGGAGAAAACGAUGGAGUGGGAUAAAGAUAAUGAUGGUAUUAUUGAGAACAGCAAAUGUCCAGAUCAGACGUACGAUACUUGGGUUAUGGAUGGACCUAGCGCGUAUUGUGGUGGGCUUUGGUUAGCCAGCCUACAUUGCAUGUCGGUGAUGGCGAACUUACUGGAUAAAUCCGACGAUUGUAUCAAGUUCAGAGAAAUUUUGGAGAAAGGAAAAGCGUCAUUUGAGGAAAAGUUAUGGAAUGGAUCGUACUAUAAGUUUGAUGGGCAGAGUGCCUCAAAAAAUUCCAUCAUGUCUGACCAGCUGUGCGGUCAUUGGUACUUGCGUUGUUGUGGAUUCGAUUAUGAUAUCGUACCGAAGGAAAACGUUAGGACAGCACUGAAAACCAUCUACGACAACAAUGUGAUGCGGUUUUGCGGUGGCAACAUGGGAGCUGUGAAUGGAUACAUUCCGAGCACUCAACCAAACAAGGAUGGAAGGCCAGAUGUAUCUACAAUACAGGGAGAGGAAGUAUGGACCGGUGUGACCUACGCACUGGCAUCGACCAUGAUCCACGAAGGAAUGUUCACCGAGGCCUUCCAAACCGCCGGUGGAAUGUACCAGACACUAUCAGAAAAGAUCGGUAUGAACUUCGAAACUCCGGAAGCACUGUACGCUGAGCGCCAUUAUCGUGCUAUCGGUUACAUGCGUCCACUCAGUAUUUGGUCUAUGCAAACUGCCUGGGAACAGAAGAAACUAAAUAGAAAUUAAGGUGAUGCUGACAUUACCCAAUAAGUUUCCCGUCGUGCAAUAAGUGCAUAAAUGUUGCCUAAUCGAUGAAUGGCGCCGUUGUGUGGUCUAAAUAGUUUAUUGUUGAUUUGUGUUCGUUCCCUCGUUUUUUUUUUUUUACAAUAUCUGACAAUUCAGGUGAAUAUUGUCAUUUGAUAUGAAAACUGGAAAAACCCACUAGCGAUUUUUGUCUUUUGGCUGUUCUUCCCAUUUUUUCAGAACAAAUUGAUGAGUUCAUCCAGUAUUAUGAAAAUACGGGUAAUUAGGUACCAUUUGCAUUGAAAAACUCUGUUUUGACUAAAACGACUAUGGGAUCGACAUGCGAAGAGCGGCAGUAUACCUUAUACAUAAUGUAAUAAUCAUUGUGCGAAUACAACUCACUUCUUACGACAUGAUGUAUAACGUAUAAAACCAAGAGUAAAAUCGAUUUUCGGAUGUGGAUUUUUCCAGUUUUCAGCUGUAACGCCAAUAUUUGGUACUUAAGUCAUAAGUAUUCCAAUUUGCAAACAAUACAAUCAGUAGGAAAUAUUUGAGCAACGUUCGAAAAAAAUCUUGGAAGACCGACCUAAAGGGACCUAUUAGCAGGACAGGAAAUGUAGCAGUAGCUGGGUUUUUGUUCGAAAAUACGUAACAGUAUUUAAUCAUAACCAUCCUACAACAAUGAGAAGCACAACAUGGGUUUCAAAGUCAAUUUAUGAGCUUAGUAAAUGCCCCGUAAAAUGAAAAAUGUUUAUGAAAUGUAGUUUCCAAAUCAUUUUUUGUUUGAUCGAAUUUAAGUGAGUUCACUCAAAGAUUAUUAACUAAGCAUUUCUGGAAGUUUUAAGAUUCGUUACACACAACAUGAGUUUUACUAGACCUAUUUCCGGAGGAUCGAGAGAUGUUGAUGAGAGGACUCAUCUAUUGCGUAUGCAACCUUAUGUUAUAAGAGGCGGUCUGACCACUAUCUCUUGAUCCGUUGACGUUAUUUAUUUAUCAUAAACAGGGUUCUGAUGAAUAUGAGUUUGAUGGAUAAAUACCAUCACCCGCACCAUACUGCAACACUACUUCCCGUGAAUCUAUCUAACGUUUCAAAAAUAUGUUGUUAAAAUCGAGAUGCGAUCGAAAAUAUAGUAGUACACAAUCAUUAGAAACUGCACAAAGUAUGGUGUCGGCACGGUACUUGUAUAAAGAAAGAGAGAAGGAUUACAUGACAGAUACGCGUAUUUCGUCUGCAAUAAAGAUCUUUUUUUAUAGUAACGUUUAGGAAAGCUUCAAGAAGCCUGGCCUGUAGUGUAGUUGGCACGGUGUGGUAUCAACUAGUUGCCUAAUGCAGCUCCACUAAAACCCAUUCCUUACUCUCUCCUCUGCCUGGAUCCCCCCCCCCCCCCCCGGGACCACGGUGGAGCGACUACUUCGGGAGGUGGCUGUGCUUAUGCACUUCUCAUACUCUCAGCGCUAGCUGGCGUUGCUAGAUCACUGAUCUUCUCUCCAUUUACGCUGCAGCCCCGACAUAAUCUGCGUGACUGUCCUGCUGACGGCAUUCCAAGUGCCCUCCUCUCGUGAUAUUUCAACGACGACAUUCUCCCGUUAAGGACGGGCAUCUUCGCACUGCCUCGAACCUUGGACAGUCGAAGAUCACAUGCUCCGGCGUUUCAUCUACGUUGCCACACUCCGGACAGAGAGGUGACGCUGCGUGUCCGAACUGAUGCAGGUUUUUCCUGAAGCAGCCGUGGCCAAACAGAAACUGCGUUAGGUGGAAGUUGACUUCUCCGUGUUUUUUUCACCCAGGUCGAAAGAAUCGGUAAUACCAACAAUCAAUACGAAACUAACGAUUUUAAAUUGGCUCACUACUUGACUAGCCUAUUGGUCCCAAGCAAACGAUUAACCUACCCCAUUCUAGUCAAAAUUCUAGUACUACACAAUGUUUGUUUUGAUUCGCUAUGAAAGUUUGACAGAUAAAAUGAGGGGUUCGUGGAUUUUCCUAUGUUUCGAGGGGUGCACUGAUUAGCUUGGGACCGAAGAUAGUACCAGAGCUGAGCCAAAAAGUUAAGCUCGUUUCUUCGGAAUCUUCUGGUCUUAGAGUUACCUCUAUGAUAAUACUCUAUGUGUCCAUCUACCGUUCUCCCUCCCGUGUUCCACUCCUGUUGCCACUUAACCAGCGACUCCACUCUCACAACUUUACGUACUCUUCCGACUUCUCUCCGCCUGUAACACUCGCUGUCCUCCGCCAGGGUGAUGCCGAUAGGGAUCAUUCCGGCGAUAAUGCAUACUGAUUCCGACGAGAUGGUUCUGUACGCACUCACAUGGCCAUGAGCCGGAACGUACUGCUCAGUUUCCUUUGUUUCUGCUUCGUUUUCAGCGCUGCAACCCAGGCUGGCCCUCCAUACCUCAGUAUCGACGACGACAUACUGGUCAGAAGACUUGCAACUGCUGGGACCAGCGUUGUUCGGUAUGAUUGUAGCUAUCGCGUUGAUGGCCUUCGAAGCCAUCUCACAGGCAUAUUCGACGUGGCUGUUGAAGUUUAGCCGGUCAUCCAUCAUCACUCCCAGGUAUUUCAGCACACGCUUCGAGGUUAUGGCGUGCUCCCCGACGGUGAUUUUUGCCCACUGCACAGUGGUUUAAAAGUCCAUUUUGACGCUCUUAAUUAAUAGCACCGUGGAGAGUGGACUUCGAGUAAUGACACCUUGAGCAAAGUUGAUGGGUAUGACAUGUUGCAUCUUUGAAAGAAAUGAAUUUUGUGAUUAAUCCCCCUAGAACAUAGUGAAGACCUAAAAUAAAAGAAAAUAUGUUUUGGUAAAAAAUGGGGUCCGUCCUCAAACAACCCUCUCUAUCUGUUUGGUCAGCUUCGCUCCUUGCAUCCAGUUACCAAUCAUGUCGAUCGCUUCGGUCGCCAACACUUCCACCUCUAUCAGCGUCUCGCCUGUUACUGUCAAGACGACGCCCAAGUAACCAAAAGUUCUGAUAAAAGGCCAUUUGUGGCUUAAGCAGAUUAGUUAGUGAUGGUCUUUAGAAUUCUAAGCAGCCUCAUUUUUAAGUCGUUAUAAGAACUUGAAAGUUCCGGUAUCAUAAUUGAAGAGAAUUCUAAGCAGCUUCUGGCGGAACUUGAACGGAACUUUUAGAAAAUAAAUUAAAAAAGGUGUUUGCCCUCUACACCAAUUCUAUGUUUAGUUCGCACUUUUAUGAAAGUUAUUUCUAAAGGCAGGUAUU